AUGCGCGUGGCCGAGCCAAAGGACUCAAGGGAAGCCAAGCGCAGCUUUUGGGAGCGACACGAGCACAAGUUCUAUAGAUACGGCCACAUCUAUGCGAAUAUCUAUGGCCAGGUGAUCAUUGACUACUUGCCACAGAAGCCGCUGCGACGGCCGCUGAAGCUGCUGCUCAUUGGCUACAGUCAUGUGUUCAGUCUGCUGCUAAUUGUGGCGCUGCCCUGUUACUUUGGCUACAACUAUGCGGCGCUGAUGGACACGCAGGACCGGCGCAUGCAGCUGCUGCUCUAUGUGUCCUUUGCCAACACGCUGAUCAAGUAUGUGACAGUGAUUGUGACCUAUGUGGCGAAUACGUUUCACUUCAGUGGCAUCAAUGCGCGUUGCACGCUGCAGCGCGCGCGUCUGGAGCAGCAGUUCGCCGGCUAUCAGCUGGACAACUGGCCGCGGCGUCGCUUCGAGGUGUUUAUGUACUUGAAGUUCUGGCUUAUUAAUUUCAUGAUGCUCAUACAGGUGUGCAGCAUUUUGGCUGUGGCUGCCCCGCCUGCGGAUAGUGCAGCGGCGCAGCUGUCGCGCCGACUGCGCGUUCACUAUGCCAUCUAUGCCUUUGUGCUUUGGAACUAUACGGAGAACAUGGCGGAUUACUUUUACUACAUCACCGCAAGCGUGCUGAAGUAUUUGCAGAUGCUGCACUUGCAGCUGCAACAGUUGCUGCCACUGCUGCAGCAAUUGCAACGCCAGCGUCGCGGCAUUGCGCUGCUGCGCAGCUGCUGCCUUAGCGAACGCGUCGAGCUGCUGCGCCAGCAUUGCGAGCAGAUUCUAGCGCUCUAUGGCCAAAGCUUUCGGCUGCAUCAGACGCAGCUGCUGGGACUUAUGCUGGCCACGCUGAUCAACAAUCUAACCAAUCUGUUUACCAUUUUCAGUCUGCUGGCCACACAAACGCUGGCGGACGUCUCCUAUCCCGUGCUGCUGAGCGCCGCCUACGCGCUGGGCUUCUAUCUGGACACCUAUGUGGUGACGCUCAUCAACGAGCACAUCAAGCAGGAGCUCAGCAACUUGGCGCAAACGCUGCGCGAGUUUUGCAAUCAAACCGCUCAGCACUUGCCCAGCCUAGAGCGGGAGCUGGAACAGUUUUCGCUGCUGCUGCUGAAGCAGCGCUUGCCCAUGCUGUGCGGGCUGCUGCAUUUGGAUCGUCGACUCAUUUAUGUCAUAACCGUCACGGCAUUCUCGUAUUUCAUAACGCUCGUGCAAUUCGAUCUCUAUCUGCGCAACACCCCCAGCCACCCACCCGCAGUCCAACCCUAA